GACGCUCUCUAAACUCUUCUCUUAUCCUCCCAGCCGAUGACGCGGAUUGGCCUGUAAUCCGCACAUCUCCUCCAGCCAGUCAUCUUCUGAGGCACUGGUGAAUUGGUCUCUUCGUGUCCCUGCGACUGCCGAGCCCACGCUCUCCACCAGCUGCCCCCCGCCGACCCUGUUGGGCUGCUGCCGUUUGGACCUGGCGGGUUCCGUAGUCGUAGUCAGGUACUCUGUCAUACAUAGCCGCAUGGCCUGAGCGAAUCGCGUCUGGCAUAUGUAAGGAUGGCUGAUCCUGACGCGCCCGCCCAGAAGAGGCCCCGUUUGGACUCUGUCAAUCCUCCUGUGUACAAUCAUAACGGCCACGGCUUCCCACCCCCUCCUCCGCCACCGCACGCCCAACCCACUCGCCAGUUAUCCCAUCCCACUCCGGCCCACGCUGCUCCCUCUCCCACCUCCCGCCACUAUCCUACUCACGGCCUGUCCCAUCCGUCCCAUUCCUAUCCUCCUCCAGGGCAAGGACCUCCACCCGGACCGCAACCCUCACCGUCACUGCCACCCUCUGAUAUACGCGCCUACUCGGACCCACGGACCAUCCCUUCGCCCAGUCAACGCCCUCAUGGCGCCGGUGGCCCUCCUCCGGUGAGCAUCUCCCAGGACAACAUCUCUACAUACCGGGCGCCCCCCACUCCACAGUCCGCCACUGUGCCAGAGCCGCAGAGCACCAGAUCCAGUAUCAGUGUCGACGUCAAGCCUCAACCACCACCCAUGGAUCAUGGCAGCCACCAGAGUCCAUGGGGUAUGAACCCUGAGCAUCGCCCUAACGGUCAUAUGUCGAACGGCUACAACCACUCUAUAAGCCCUACACAUCACAACGGUGGACAGCCCUUCCACCCACCGCCUCCACCAGCUCCCCAGUAUGAUCAGGGUUCGUAUGCGCCGAGCCCUUACAUGGGCCAGUAUGCAGGUGCAGCUGGCCAGCAAGUAAGGCGCAAACAGGUUCGCGCCACGCAGGCGUGCAACCACUGUCGAACACGCAAACAGAAGUGUGACGAAGCAAGGCCAUGUCAGUUCUGCAGAGAGAACAACUUCGAUUGCCAGUACAAGGAUGUGCCGCCUCCAAAACAAGAUCGUAGCAUGAUGCAACUUCAGGAGAGCGUAAACGACAUCGGCGAAGUACUGAAGAACCUUGUAGGAGAGUUCACCUCAUGGAGGCAGAGCGUCGAGACCAGACUUCCCUUGGCCCAAACCCCGAACCAGAUCUCGAACAUUGCUUCACCAGAAGCAGGUUUCGCAGCACCCAACAGAGAUCAGAACAUCGCCAGGUUCCCCACACCAGCCCAAGGAAGGAAUCAGAUGCGCCGCAUUAGCAACAUGAAGACGGAGUCCCCCAGUAUUCCACACUCACAGAUGUCUCCUUCAGCGUCACAAGCAUUGACUCCGAUCAAGCAAGAGUCCAUGUUUGCUCCGCCUCAGCAACCAGCAACACCGGCUGACAGCGUCAGAAGCGAGCACAGUGGUGCAACGGGACUACCACCCAAGGAGAAGAGCGGAUUGCAGAGUGACCACACCACACCAGCACAUAAGCUGUUCGAGGAGUGGCAGUCGAUGGCGCUCUUCUGCCGGAACGUCGACUAUAUUGAGAAAUUGAUUGAAGGCGGCCAUGAUGUGUCAGAGUACCCAAUGCUGCUCGAGCAAGACCGAGGCCUGCUUCGCGUUUGGGGGGUUGGUGAGGGCCAAGAUCUCAACGAUGGAGCCCAAGGACCAGGAAGCCCUGACAGUGGCGGCGAUGCAGAUGCCUCCUCUCCUGCACCUGGCAGGGAGGGCCUCUGGGGCUGUCCACCUGCAGAUACCUCCAGUCCAGGAACAGUGCCUGGGGAGAUUCCUAGCAGCCACCCUCGACAAGAAAACGACGGUGGACUUGGACCAGAUGGUAGGCCUGACUUCCGCUCGCACGUUCUUUGGGAGUUGUAUGACUCCUACAUCGAAAACAUCCACAAACUGCAUCCCUUCAUGAAUGCCAGUAAGCUCAGAAGGAUGAUCAAGGAGUUCAGCGAGCAGUACAGUCCGGACAUCAACAUCAAACACACCGGAUCACCAGCCGCCAACGCAUUGGCGAACCACCAGCUUAGCCAGAGCCUGAAGCGGAAGCGAUCUGGUAGUGCAUAUGGCGAGCCCUACUCUGCUAAGGGCGCAAUCGAACGCUCCCUGCGUAAUGCCCUCGUCCUCCUUGUCCUCGCGCUCGGCAAGGUCUGCGCUCAUCACGACCCCUUACCUUCGCCUCAGAGUGACAAGAUGUCGCACACAAACGGUGGCUGGGGUGUGCAUGCCAACGGCAGUUUCAACAGCGACAUAUCCGAUGACAAUCGACCACGCAAUGUCGACAUCUUACCGGGUAUGGGCUACUUCGCCUACGCAACUGACAUCCUUGGAAACCAACAGGGCGGCAACACAGUGGCACAUGCGCAGGCAAUGAUCCUAGCUGCACUCUACCUGAGUCAGUUUGCUCGUGUCCUGGAGAGCUGGAGCUGGAUCAACAACGCUUGCCGUGUCGUCCUUGUCCUUAUCAAGGCGGACUACCAGAAGCUCGACCGGAACUGGUGCCUGGAGAACAAGGCAUCUCUGCCUCCGAAAGAGCGUUACAGGCUCAACCUGGUUAUGUGCGUAUACUGGACUUGUCUCCAGCUUGAGUCAGACAUUCUGGCCGAGAUGAGCACGCUGCCACCCAGCAGAAUCUCAGAUUUCCAAAGCGAGAUCGCAUACCCAGAUGGCGUAUACGAAUCGGUACCCAUCGAAUCUGGAACUAGUGUUGAGGAGAAGAUGUUUGCCGACCCACAGACACAGGAAGGAUCUAUGCUCAUGUACUCGAGCCAGAUCUGGCUUCGUGUCAUACUAAACGAGGCGCAUAACAUGCUCUAUGGCAGAAAUGCUCGCCGCAGCUUUGAUACCCACAACAUCAAAGAGGUCGCGCAUCGUGCCACAGCGCAUGUGCGUAUCCUCGAGGACUGGAGACGAGUCCUGCCGCCUACGCUGGCCUGGAACGACGAUGACCCACCGGCUACUGAUAUCAAUGUUGCACGUUUACGUGCUAAGUACUAUGGAUCUAUCUACGUGAUCUUGCGCCCGUACUUGCGCAUUGCGAAUCACUUUAUCGACUUCCCGCCCACAGGCGCAAGCACAGCACGGGCGUCUCACCACAACUCCCCUGCACCUACCUCUGGUUCUUCAUCCAACAGGAACGUACAUCUACUGGUGGAUCUAUCGGAUGACCAGAGGAGCAUCAUCGGGGUCGCCGUAAAGUGCAUCAACGCCGCAAUCCAGAGUACGAUUGCUUUCGACCGUGUUGGCGCUGCUCCCGACAGCAAGUACGUAAAGUUCGAUGCCAGCGCCCGUACCCGACGACUGGUUGUCACCAACAUCUUUGGCACCAUGCAUGCUCAAUUUGGCAACAUGCUCGUCCUUGCAGCAGUCUUCAAGUCUCAACUUUGCAGGUACCUACCUAGGGAUACACAGCUCACGAAGCAGAACCUCACCCUACUCAUGGACCGAACGUGCAAAGUCCUUGGCGAAAUUGCGCCAAACUCCCCAAUCCUGGAGAUGGAUCUCAAGAUCCUGCGCAACGUCCGGAAGCAACUGGACCUGUACCCAUGAUCACCGCAAACCAUGCAAUAUGCCUUGAACGCAACUUCAAUUUGUUUGGAUAUACCCCAUUUGGGCGGAGAGGAUUCCCGAUAGCCGCCACAGCGUAGCACGCAUUGUACACACUUUACCAUUUUGCAUUUGUCUUGGCGCAAGGCAUCAGUCAUUUGUUUCUCAUUCAGGCAUCGAGCACAUACUCAUUGGGCGGACUAGCGCUGAAGCUUUUGCGUAUACCUCAUACUUCAAUCACCGACACGAGCGGACCCUGGGCGGAU